AUGAUAGAAAGUUUUAACACCUCUGAGGCAGGAAGCCCUCAGCAGAUUUUGAAUGCGCACAAGUUGCAGGAAGCUAUUCCGGCAUUCUUUUCGGGAUGGGCGACUUGGCAAUACAUCAUCACUGCUCUCGUUGGCGUGGUUGUAUACGAUCAAGUCAUGUAUAUCAAGCGAAAGGGCUCAAUUGCAGGACCCAUGUUCAAGAUUCCCCUCAUGGGUCCGUUCAAGCAGGCGCUUAACCCGAACUUCAAGGAGUAUCUUGCCCAGUGGGCGAGUGGACCCCUUAGCUGUGUCUCUGUUUUCCACAAAUUCGUCGUUCUUGCCGCCGACAGAGACAUCGCCCACAAAGUGUUCAAGUCACCCACCUAUGCCGAACCCUGUCUUGUGCCGAUUGCCAGAGAUAUCCUCGGCGACAAGUCCUGGGUCUUCCUCCAGGGAAAAGCGCACACCGAGUAUCGCAGAGGAUUGACACCUCUAUUCACCAACAGGGCCCUGGCAUCAUACCUGCCAGUUCAAGAGAAGGUGUUCGACGAAUACUUUGCCAAGUUCAUUGCCACCAGCGAGGCCAACGGAAACCAACCCAUGGAGUUCAUGACCAAAUUCCGCGAAAUCAACUGUGCUAUCUCAUGCCGUACUUUCUUCGGUGACUACAUCUCGCAAGACGCAGUGGAGAGAAUUGCAAACGACUUCUACCUUGUCACAGCCGCGCUUGAAUUGGUUAACGUCCCCUUUUCAAUGUAUGUCCCCUUCACAAAACCAUGGUACGGAAAGCGAAUUGCGGAUGCAGUUCACAAGGAGUUUGCGCAAUGUGCAGCAGCUGGCAAGAAGAAUAUGGCAACCGGCGCGGCACCCAACUGCAUUCUUGACCAGUGGGUGCUUCACAUGAUAGAUUCUCAAAGAUAUCGCGAGAAGAUUGCUGCCGGCGAAGACGUUGAAAAGCCCAAGAAUCUGAUCCGCGAAUUCACAAACGAGGAAAUCUCCGAAACACUUUUCACCUUCCUUUUUGCAGCUCAGGAUGCUUCUAGUAGCUCGACAACCUGGGUGUUCCAAGUUCUGGCCCAAAGACCCGAUGUACUUGAUAAGGUGCGCGAGGAGAACCUGGCUGCUCGAGGUGGUGACCGGAACAAGUCCUUCGAUCUUCCAAUGCUGGAAGGUCUUACCUACACCAAUGCUGUCAUCAAGGAGAUUCUUCGCCACAGACCCCCGGUUAUCUUCGUCCCUUACCUUGCCACAAAGGAAUUCCCCGUUACUCCCAACUACACCGUCCCCAAGGGUUCCAUGGUUAUCCCAUCCUGCUACCCAGCUCUCCACGACCCCAAUGUAUACCCUGAACCGGAUGUCUUCAACCCCGACCGCUGGAUUACCGGCGAUGCCGAGUCGAAGACCAAGAACUGGCUUGUCUUUGGCGCAGGCGCUCAUGACUGUCUUGCUCGUCGCUACGUGCCACUAUCAAUGGCUGCGAUGAUCGGCAAAGCGGCACUGGAGCUCGACUGGACACACUACGCUACAGAAACCUCGGAAGAUAUCCGGGUUUUCGCGACUCUAUUCCCCAUGGAUGGCUGUCCGUUGGUCUUCAAAAAGCGACCUUAG